GUGAGCGAGCCCGGAAGCGAGUGAGAGCGGGUUGUUUUUGAAGUUUGUUGCCGUCUGUAGCGCGUGGUGUUCCUCUCCUUACACUCAUUACAUCUGCCGGUAAGAGCUCGUCGGAGUUUUCACUUCAGGUAUGUCCAAACCAACGAGACGGGAGCGACAGGACGACGAGUCGAGGAACCUCCCGAUCUACCGGCACAAAAACAAACUGACCGCGGCGGUGAGAGAGAGCACCUUUCUGGUCGUUACCGGGGAAACCGGCAGCGGGAAAACUACACAACUUCCCCAGUACCUGCACGAAGCUGGUUUUUGUAAAGAUGGCAAAAUUGGCAUCACUCAGCCUCGCCGGGUGGCUGCCAUCACCGUGGCCCAGAGGGUUGCCCAGGAGAUGCAGUGCACCCUGGGCAGAGAAGUUGGCUACCAAGUGCGCUUUGAUGACUGCACAACACAGGACACGGCGGUGAAGUACCUGACUGACGGCUGUUUGCUCAGAGAGAUCCUGGCCGACCCUGGACUGUCUCAGUACAGUGUCGUGAUCCUGGACGAGGUCCAUGAACGCAGCCUCAACACAGACAUCCUCCUGGGCUUGUUGAAGAAGAUCUUCUCCAACCCCGCCAAAGCCACCAGGGGUCGAUCGUUUCCGCUGAAGGUGGUGGUGAUGUCCGCCACGCUGGAGGCCGACAAGCUCUCGGCCUUUCUCGGCGGCUGUCCCGUCUUCGCCAUUCCGGGGAGGACUUUCCCCGUGGUCAGCACGUUUGGUUCUGCCGUGGGACCGAAAGACACAGAGAGCACCGGUUAUGUUAAAGAGGUGGUGAAAAUGGCCCUUGACGUGCACACCAGUGAAAUGUCUGGGGAUAUUCUUGUGUUUUUGACUGGUCAGGCCGAGAUUGAGCGAGCCUGUGACUUGCUGUACGAAAAAGCCGAGUCCAUAGACUAUCGCUACGAUGUACAGGACCAGACGGUGGACGGCCUGCUCAUUCUGCCUCUGUACGGAUCCAUGCCCACUGAUCAACAGAGGCAGAUCUUUCAGCCGCCGCCUCCGGGAAUAAGAAAAUGUGUAGUGGCCACGAACAUCGCAGCAACAUCUCUCACCAUCAACGGUAUAAAGUACAUCAUAGACAGCGGGUUUGUGAAGCAACUCAACCACAACUCAAGGGUGGGCAUGGACAUCUUGGAGGUCGUGCCAAUUUCCAAGAGCGAGGCUCAGCAGAGAGCAGGGCGAGCUGGAAGAACCUCACCCGGGAAAUGCUUUCGGAUCUACACCAAGGAAUUCUGGGAGAAGUGCAUGCCUGAAUACACAGUUCCGGAAAUCCAGAGGACGAGUCUGACGGCAGUGGUGCUCACGUUGAAGUGCCUGGGCGUCCAUGAUGUCAUAAGGUUCCCUUAUCUGGACUGUCCAGAGGAGAGGUUUAUUCUGGAGGCACUGAAACAGCUCUAUCAAUUUGACGCCAUCGACAGGAGGGGUCGAGUGACCCGGCUGGGGGAGCUGAUGGUGGAGUUCCCGCUGCAGCCAGGCCUCACCAGGGCCGUGCUCAAAGCCGCCUCGCUGGGCUGCGAGGACCUGCUGCUCCCGGUGGCCGCCAUGCUGUCUGUAGAGAACAUCUUCAUCCGGCCAGGCCACCCUGAGAAGCAGAAAGAGGCGGAUAAGAAGCACAGAGCGCUGGCGAGCAAAAGCGGCAGCGUGAACGACUUUGCAACACUUCUGAGUGUGUUUCAGUCGUGCAAAAUCAGUGACAGACCUUCGGCGUGGUGUAAAGACAACUGGGUCCACUGGAGGGCGCUGAAGUCAGCCUUCAGUGUGGAGACUCAGCUGCGAGAGAUCCUCCUCCGCCUCCAGAAGAAGAGAGAUUUCCCCGAAGAAACAUUUGAGGGCAACAAGAGCGAACUCUUAAGACGAUGCCUGUGUACAGGAUAUUUCACCAACGUUGCCAGAAGGUCUGUGGGAAAGGUAUUUUGCACAAUGGACGGACACGGAUCCAUGGUUUACAUUCAUCCGUCAUCAUCGCUGUUUGACCAGGAGGCAGAGCUGAACUGGGUCAUCUUCCACGACGUGCUGGUGACGUCGCGGGUGUAUGUCAGGACCGCGUGUCCCAUUCGAUACGAGUGGGUGAAGGACCUGCUGCCUAAACUCCACGAGGUUGACGUCUACGAGCUGAGCAGCGUGGCGAGAGAGGAAGUGACCGACGAGGAGAUGACAAAAUGGGAGAGCAGGGAGGCGGCCAAAAGACAACCAGAGGUUUCCGCUGAGGAUGUCACGAAGAAGCUCGAGAGGCGAAACAACGAAGGCGCCGUCAGCGAUGCCCGCGCUCGCUACCUGCAACGGAAGCAACAGAGACAACAAAAUAAACCUCUUUGACAAAAAAGCUCUUUCUUCUGAGGACUUCAUUCAUGCAAAUUAUUAUUUUGUUUUUUACAAAAACCAACUGAACAAUAAACUUUCUCUUCCCCUCGUUUUUUUAAA